CACAUGGUAGGCAACCGUCUUUAAAGCCCAUCCAUUACAGGGCUUAGUGGCUUACCACUCAAAUCUCGAUAGACUCAAUACUAUCACCACCACAACCACCGUGACCAUGGCCCUCAUCUCUGAUUUGCUCCACACAAAUGAACUCUCACUCUCACUUCUCACUCUUCUAGUUCUUCUCAUCUUUACGCUCUCUUGGUACGCAUGGAAGAAGCAAAGGACCUCGCUGUUGCUAUUGCCUCCAGGUCCACGUGGCGUCCCCUUAUUCGGCAACCUCCUCUCUCUAGACCCAGAGCUUCACUCCUACUUCGCUGGCCUAGCCCAAAUCCACGGGCCCAUAUACAAGCUCCGUCUUGGCUACAAGCUUGGCAUCGUCGUCACCUCACCUUCCCUCACUCGCGAAGUUCUCAAAGACCAUGACGUCACUUUCGCCAACCGUGACGUUCCCGAAGCGGCUCGGGUCGCCACCUAUGGUGGCUCCGAUAUUGUAUGGACCCCAUAUGGACCCGAGUGGAGGAUGCUGAGAAAAGUUUGUGUGAUCAAGAUGCUGAGUAAUACAACGUUGGACUCUGUUUACGAGCUUCGUCGUAAACAGGUCCGAGAAACAGUUGGGUACUUUUAUAGGCGGGUCGGGUCGCCGGUGAACAUAGGGGAGCAGAUGUUCUUGACGGUGAUGAACGUGAUUACGAACAUGAUGUGGGGUGGAACAGUGGAGGGGGAAGAGAGGUCUAGCCUUGGGGCUGAUUUCAGAGAAGUGGUGUCGGAGAUGACGGAGCUUUUGGGGAAGCCCAACAUCUCGGAUUUUUAUCCGGGUUUGGCCCGGUUUGACUUGCAAGGCAUAAAGAAGCAGAUGGAUGGGUUGGCCAAACGGUUCGAUCGGAUCUUUGAUGUUAUGAUUAAUCAACGGCUGAAGAUUGACAAAGAAGGUGGGAGCAAAGACAAUAAAGAUUUUUUGCAGUUUUUGUUGAAGUUGAAGGAUGAGGGUGAUUCCAAGACACCUAUGACCAUGAUCCACCUCAAGGCCUUGCUUAUGGAUAUGGUGGUUGGUGGGACAGACACAUCCUCCAAUACAAUCGAGUUUGCCAUGGCUGAAAUUAUGAACAAACCGGAGGUGAUGAGGAAAACCCAACAAGAAUUGGAAGCUGUAGUUGGCAAAGAUAACAUUGUAGAAGAGUCUCAUAUUCACAAACUACCAUACUUACAUGCUGUGAUGAAAGAAACAUUGCGGUUGCACCCAGCUCUGCCAUUGUUAGUUCCUCAUUGUCCCAGUGAGACAUGCACUGUAGGAGGCUACACCAUUCCAAAAGGGUCUCGGAUCUUUGUGAAUGUAUGGGCGAUACAAAGGGACCCCUCUAUUUGGGAAAAUCCAUUAAAUUUUGAUCCAGAGAGGUUCUUGAAUAGUAAAUGGGACUAUAGUGGAAAUGACUUCAAUUAUUUUCCAUUUGGAUCUGGCCGAAGAAUGUGCGCUGGAACAGCAAUGGCUGAGAGGAUGGUGAUAUAUUCACUUGCAACACUUCUACAUUCUUUUGAUUGGAAUCUGCCCCAAGGAGAGAAGUUGGACAUUACAGAAAAGUUUGGGAUUGUACUAAAAAAGAAGAUCCCUCUUGUUGCAGUACCUACACCAAGAUUAUCUGAUCCAUCUAUGUAUGAGUAAGUUAGAAGUUUAUGUACUCUUGAUAUAAUGAGUGGAAUUGCAAUGUCCAUACUACUAUACGAGAGCAAUAAGUUCACGGGCACAACUUUUUCCAUAAUGGCUGGCAUGCGUUGAUGUGAUUCAUGCAUGGUAAAUGUGGUGUUCAUGAUGAAUUCAAUUGAAAGUUAUGUUACUUUAA